AUGGUACUUCUGAACAAAGUACCAAAUGUCACAGUACCCGAGGUCAUCAAGUUCUAUAGUGACGACAACAAUGUCAUCUUGAAGUGGGUGGGGCAGUUCAUCCAGCACUCUAAGAGUGGAGACCUGUGGAAGACUCUGAUUGGCUACUACAUGUUGAUACUAAGCAAGGAACAGGCGGGGGCAGAGAGGGCACUAGGCAGCACGUUUUAUGCCCUAGGCGGCUACAACAACCAACAGAUGCUCGCCUACCUAGAGAGGAAGAUCCUGGGCAUGAGCUACCUGGAGCGUUGUACCGAGUUCUCCUCUAGCAUCAAGCUGUACCUGAGCAACACUUUCCUCGGCAAACCCACCGAUCUCUACCUCACCCGCAUGAGGGAGGAGAUUCUGAGGAAUUCUAUCAACGGAAGUGACGUCACCAUGGGCUCCAUGUGGUUCAAAAACAUGACGGUGUACAUCAACAUUCUCAAGGCUGCCCAGGAUUCUCUGGCCACUGACGUAGUUCAAGGCCUUCAAAGGGAGGUGACCAGCCUCAACAGUGCUCUGGUUGAAUCUGUCUCUGUCAUGAUCGUCGCCCUCAUUCUCUUCCCCUUGGUCAUCAUCGCCGUGUAUCGUCUGACCCACAGGAUACAGGCAUAUGCCCAGACGUUGCAGGAGAGGACCCGUGACCUUGACGUUGAGAGAAAGAGAAGCGAGACCUUGCUGUUUGAACUACUUCCGGUGUCCGUGGCCCAGAAGUUACUCAACCAUGAAGACGUCCCGCCCGUGUCGUACUCGGCCGUCACCAUCUUCUUCUCCGACAUCGUCGGCUUCACCAACAUCUGCAGUAGGAGCACGCCCAUGCAGGUGAUCGACAUGUUGAACUUGUUGUAUCGCAUGUUUGAUGACAUACUGGACAUUUAUGAUGUUUAUAAAGUCGAAACUAUAGGUGACGCCUACAUGGUGGCCAGUGGCCUGCCCCAAGAAAACAAGGAGAGACACGCCACGGAGAUGGCCGAGAUGGCCCUCGAUCUGAGGGACAACCUCAGUCAGAUGACCGUCCAGCAUCUGCCGGGGGAGAGCCUUAGGAUGAGGAUAGGCCUCAACUCAGGGCCGGUAGUAGCCGGUGUGGUGGGCCACAAGAUGCCUAGGUAUUGUCUGUUUGGUGAUACGGUCAAUGUCGCCUCACGCAUGGAGUCUACGAGUCUACCGUUAAAAAUUCAAAUCACAGACAGAACGAGGAGGGAGUUGGAGAGGAGAGGUGGCUACGUCAUCACAGAGAGAGGGAAGGUUGAGAUCAAGGGGAAAGGCGAGAUGGUGACCUACUGGCUGGACCAGAGGCUGCAGGUGUCUGAUCACGUGAUGUCCGACCACGAGGGGGAGGAAGAUGAAGCAGGGGCGUAGCCAUGCUGGAUGUGUUCUUGUCACCGUGGGCUUCCAUCUUGUUCUACAACCUGUUGCUCUAUAGCGAGAGCAAGUUUGUCUUACCAAGGGAGAUAACAAAGAAAAUACUGAAAAUUUGGUUUUCAUAAGUGAUUUCCCUUUAUCGUGGGAAUUAUCCUGUUAAUCUGUGUUGGUGGCUAUAGGAGACAGCAGAGUCGGGUGGUUUGUGUGCACAGUAUUAACACGGACAGCACAA